UGGCAGUUCUGCACUGGUCACAAUCCCAAAUGCAGGGACUUCAGCCCAAAACGCCACAGUUCUUACUGGCGUUCAGUACAACGGUCCCAUGGUGGACAAGCGGGUGGCUACGCUGCCGUCCAAGUACGACGGGAAGGCUAACAUCACCUCUUGGAUUAGUUCCAUGAGGUCAUACUUCGAGGUCAUGCGGACACCGCAAGAGGACCGAAGCAUGAUCAUGGGGACUAAUACCGAGCCCGCCGUACGCAACCACAUUGAGCUCCAAGCUGUUGCUGUAGGCUAUGCACGCAUAGACCUGACUAAUUGGUUGAAGGUCACCCCUGUCCGCGUUCUUGAGAAUCUUUUCCUUGACCGGUACCAGGAUAAACAUGCUGCGCUCAAGGCUAGGCUGAAGCUUGAGGCCCUUAAGGGCCAAACAUGGAGGUCAUCCAUGCAGGCUUUGGAACAACACUUGACUAGUCUGUUCACCACUCCGGAUCUGGGGAUGACUGACGUAUCUUGUAUGGAUGUAGUCAUGGGAGUGGCCCCUAAAGAAUACCUCUCCCUGCUAGCACUCAAGGACCAUGCUACCUGGCGAGAGCUCAUGAAGGACCUAGUCGACCUAGAGGCGAAGGACCUCGCCAGGCACAAGAAGGCGCCCGCUGCAGGUGGGAAACCACAACACAAGCGGUUUGGAAGCAGCACCCAGCUUGCACUGCAUGAUCAUGGGGAGGCUGACGAUCAGUCCUAUGCGGAUGAUCUGUCUCUACAUGACGAUCUAGAGCCGGACUCCGACACGGGUUGUUCCACAUCAGCCAUUGAGUGUGACCGAAAUGAUGAUGAGAAACUUAAUGCAUUCAGAAAGACCGCUUCAAACAAGGGGCCUAACCGUGGUUCAGGUGUGCGCAUCACCUUUGACAAAGAUCGCACUGUCACACAUGAGCUGAAUUUUUACGUUAUGGACAAGUGUCCUUUCGACGCGAUCAUUGGUCUGGGAUGGCUAAAGGCUCAUUGCCUAAGGACCACGUGGGCGGACAACCAGUUCGUGGUACUUGACGCCAAGGGGAACGAGCUUACCGUCUUAUUAGACGAGACGCGCGAGUCCCCUGUGACUCUUCUAAGUGCAAACAAAUUCUGCAGUGAGUCUGAGUUUGGUGCCCCUGUCCUGUUUGUACUGAAGAAAGGAGGCAAGCUCCGAAUGUGCAUUGACUAUCGUGGCUUGAACCCGAUCACUAGAAAGAAUGCGUACCCCUUGCCUCGCAUAGAUGAUCUGUUGGAUGCGGCCGGUGGUUGCAAGGUCUUCUCCAAGAUUGCCCUCAAGUCUGGCUACCACCAGAUUGAAGUCGAUCCGAGUGACCAGCACAAAACUGCGUUCAAAACWCGCGAUGGGCUGUACGAAUUUAUCGUUAUGCCCUUCGGCCUUACGAACGCACCAGCCACAUUUCAGUCCCUUAUGGACAAGGUACUCUGCCACCAACUUAUCAGGUUUGUGGUUGUGUAUCUUGAUGACAUUCUGAUUUUCAGCAAGUCCAUGGAGGAGCACGUCAAGCAUCUYGAGGAGGUCUUGCAAGUCCUCAAAGAUGCUCAACUGCACCUCAACUUGGAGAAAUUUGCGUUUGGCAGGGACAGCGUCAUCUAUCUUGGGCACCGGUUGUCUCUGAGCGGCCUUGAGCCGGAGGCAACCAAGGUUGAGGUCAUCCGUAACUGGCCUCAACCGGCAAAUGUACGCGAGCUGCGUUCUUUUCUCGGUUUGGCUUCUUACUACCGGAAGUUUGUGCCUAAAUUCUCUGUCAUUGCUCAUUCAUUCUUACGCCUGACUAGUAAAAAUGUUGCCUACGCGUGGUGUGAAAAGUGUGAGACUGCGUUCCAAGCCUUAAAAGAGGCUUUCGUGAGUCAUCCUGUGCUCCGCGUUGCAGAUCCCAACCUCACGUUCGUAGUCACUGCAGACGCGAGCCAGUUUGGGAUUGGUGCAGUGCUGCAACAAGAUGAUGGCGAUGGUCUGCGUCCGCUUGAAUAUUACAGCAAACGCAUGCCCAGCCACAAGAUAGCCACUUCCACAUACAUGCGGGAGCUCUACGCCUUGCGCGAGGCGCUCACGCAUUGGAAGCACUAUCUCUUGGGUUGCCACUUCAAGAGAACCAAGGUCCACAGGCAUAAGCCUUAUGGCCUGCUGAGACCUCUCCCAAUCCCUGAUGGGCCCGGGGAAUCGGUCUCUAUCGAUUUCACGGACAUGGGGAAGGUGAGUACGGCAGGGAAUUCACAAGUCAUGGUCAUUGUGGAUCGCUUCUCUAAAUUUCUGAAUCUGAUUCCCCUACCUCCUCAUGCGCCGACUGAACUGGUGAUCGAAGAGUUUCACCAGCAGUACAUUCUGCAGUAUGGCCCCCCGAAAACUCUUGUGAGUGAUCGGGACACCAGAUUCAUCAGCAAGGAUUGGAAGGACUUCACUGCCCAGAUCUAUGACAUCWAACUGAACAUGACUUCUGGUCGACACCCCGAAGCCAAUGGAUUGGCUGAGGAAAUCAACCAGACCGUCACCCAGCUGCUGCGCGCAUUGAUUGUGCCAGAUCAGAACACAUGGGAUAAGGACUUGCAUAAAGUAAAGGGGCUGUACAACAACUCCAUCCAUUCUGCAACCGGUGUGACACCAAACCAGUUGCAAUAUGGAUGGCCAAUGCGGAAUCCCCUCUCCUACCUGUUUCCAGAACGGUCACCUGGUCUGAUGCCCGGCAUACCUGGCUACAAUGCCAAGUACGCACGCUUGCUCAAAGCUGUGACCGCAGCCAUGAACAAGCGCCAACAUGCCAUGAUCAAACAUGCUAAUAAGAUGCGCAGAGAAGAGAAAUUCAAAGUAGGAGAUUAUGUCUGGGUCAAAAUGUCUGAAUUUUCUGAUGAAGAGGGCGUUUCACGGAAGCUUCUUCCACUAUACUACGGCCCCUGGCAGAUUCUGCAAGUGAUUGGGGAUGAUUUCGGUCCUUCGUAUAUGAUUGACGUGCUGCCUCAUCUGCGCACGUACCCAGUCUUCCAUGCCUCCAAACUGUUUCCGCACAUUGAUGAUGAGACUUUUCCCUUCUGAGACCCUAUGAUACCUCGCCCUAUCGAUGGUGGUCAUGAG